CCGAUAUCAGUUCCGACUUUGCAGCCGAUAGAAAGUGAAACUACGAUUGUAAAGUGCCCCCAAUAUCGUAAUUUUUUUCAACCAUGAAGACUCUAGUGUUGGCCGCUGUUCUGAUCUCCUUCGGUGCUCUGGUAUUCAGCCAGAGUCACAACUACUUCUGGGGAUUCAAGGGGCCGUACGAUGUCCUUCUGAAUCGGACCUUCGCCAUCAAGUCGUCUUCCAUUCUCCAAGUGAAGACAAUGGAUCUUAUCUACCCACUGAAGGGUCAACUGGGUCGUAACAUUUCGGCCAUCAACAUCACCGACCAGUACAUCAACGGCAAGGGUGGAUACGCUAGUCUGCUGGCCGGCGGCAUCGGUUACAAUAACACGACAAUUCAUUUGAAAUCACAGCGGGGCAACGGAUUCAGCUUUAUCGUGGAAAUUUAUGGCCGAUAAUCUAUUUAGUAGUCAGUCGCUUUGGUGUGUCUGCAACGCGCGCCAAAACAAUUAGGAAUAUGUGAGGGAUUUUGGAGGAUUACUAGUUCCGGUUUGUGCAAGCAGGAAGCGGUGGCUCGCGUGCGGAUCGGAAUGAAAUAAUUGUGCUUUCGGUGGAUGCUUGUCGACGGAAAUGGAUCGAUAUACACUGAUUCUAUACCAUGGAAUCAUAACGGGAAAAGUGUGUAAUUUAUUGAAUGGUAUUAAGAUCUGUAAUAAAGAAGGGAUUAUGCAACCAU